AUGAAAAUGCCUAGGUUUUUUACUGAGGAGGUGAAGGUAAUGGGAUGGUCAUUUAGGUACAGUAUAGGUAUUUAUGUAUGUAUAUAUAUAUAUAUAUACGAUUGGAAUGUUUGACCUCUCUUUACCUUUAGGUAUUCUAAGG